AGGGAGACCGGCCUAACAGACCGUCCGUGCACCACCACUGCCAAGCCCAACUUCGAGACGCUCAUCGUCAGAGACAACUUCCUCCACGCAAAACAAGAUGGCUCCUUCCACAAUCAUUAGGAUAAUGGCAGUAAAAACUUCACAGUAUACGGGGGAAAACGGCACGGAUUUUUUUAUGGGGUUUUUUAUGGGGAUUUGGUCCGUGCUUGAGCAAGCCAUCUUUAUGGUCAUGGUUUUUCUCGGAAAAGGAACCUUUCGGAACAUAAAUGUUCCUCCAGGCAUAAAUGUUCCUCCAGGCAAAGUAAAUCGGUUAGCUCUAGGGUACCACCGGGACGAGCUCCCUCGAAGCUUUGAAUUCCCUCGGUGCUACCCUCACUUUUAUUUCUCAUCAACCGAUCUUUCCAAUCCCGCGGUGUACAAAUGGAUCGCCACGCACUUGGUCAAGUUGUUCUGCGUUUACAAGCUCAAUACAUUCGCUCCGCUAUUGCAACGGAAAUUGAGACGUUUGAGAACUCCUUCGAUGACAUCUUGCAAACGGCCAGCCUAUUUUUGGUAACCACCGAAAGGGUCGCACAAUCUCCUUCGCUGGUGAUCGUCGAUCAGCCUGCUGUGGUCAAGACCGUUUGUCACUUUCUCGCGGCGUCAAACGCCAUACUCGAGUUUCUCAAUUUUCAACAGAGAAGGACUCGACUUGCUUCGGGAGGGGACGAAUCUCUGGAAAAACAAGUUAAGGAAUCCCAAGCGCUAGUGAAGGAGCUUCUCGCCACUCUUCUGCUUUACAAGACAGCCGAAACCUACCCGGGCAGGGACUGUGGCCUCAUCUACAACGAGGACGUCAAGGUUUAUGGCGACUUUCUUCUCCACAAGUACGGCCAUGUUGAGCAGAGCGACGUCCCCGACCCAGCGGACGAUAAUGAGGAGACGGAGAGGUUGAUUCAGUACUGGCACACAGAGAGCUUGGUUCAUCCGUUGAGGCAUGUUCCAGGCAACCCAUGGCACAAGUUCUUUGGAAACCUCCAGCCAGGCCCGAUAGUGAGACCAGAGUUGUUCAGGGAGCGCAAGCCGCAACCGUACUUCAGGCUCAUGUUUCCGACUACCAUUACCUGGGUACAACCCGAGAUCCGCCGCGAUUAUGAUAAUUAUCGCGAAAUGUUUGAGAGAUUUCUCCGAUUCCCUGGACCACGUCUCCCGGAGGCCAUCAGAGCCGCCAGGACUAGAAGAGUCCAGUGCCGCUUGUCCCAUUAUUUCAGGGGCUGGAAGAGAACCGAGGAGGCAGCGAUCUUGUGUCUGGAGGAUAUGAGUGAGAUUCCUUGCCCGGAAUAUGACCUCUUGGGUCUCUCAAGACUCGAGGCGUUGAAUGCUGAGAUCAAUGCCCCAGACUUGGCAGGGAUUGCUUUGUUGGGAGAGGAUAUCCCCGAUGUCCCCAUUUUCCUAGAAGCGGAGGGCCGCAAAUACUGUCUCGAGUUCGACGGCGAGCGGGAUUGGUAGGCUUUAGAGCCUCUGCGUUUCGUUUGAGAUCGAGUACAGAAAAACCCUUCGGGGUUUUGGGGCAGUUAUGACGGAGUUAUGACGGUCCAUUUAACUCCGCAGCGACUUUCGGGUGCUGCAGGAUGAAAUUCAGUUUCGGAAAUCGGUCCAGUGCAAACUGAUUUCCAGCCCGCAGCGCCUCUCUCCAUCUGUCGCUCUUAUAAUGACAAUCUGUUGGGAAUUAUGUCAUCCGUCGAACCGGACC